AUGGUACUGUGCUCGCACUUUUCAGUCGUUGAAUUUACCGAUCCACAAAUGCAAGAUCACCAAAUCAUAGACGCCAUUGAUUCAAAACAGUUUCUACGUGCUUCUUCGCUCAUCAAGGUAAAACUGGCCAAGUUCCCGAACCAAAGCUACUACGUGGCGUUGGCAAACUACCUACUUUACCGCCAGGGGAAUGUAAAACAAGCCUUGGAUGAAUGUGCUAAACUAUUGACCAAGACUCCAAAUGAUCCAAGAACCACAGACCUAUUGUAUAUAAUUUUCAUGGAGCUGGAUAAAAUAAAAGAACUGAAUGAGGUCUAUGAGAACGUCAUCAAGAAGUUUCCCAACAAUUGUCAAGAACAUGUAACCCAGUGGUUUCAAAAUUCGGUUAAGUAUGGCAAUAUUAAAGCCCUCCAAAAGUCAUGCUUUCAUUUAUCCAAGAUCCACGGCGAACCAAAGUACAAGAUGUGGGCAGCUUUCUCCAGCUACUUGUUGGCGAAUGAGUUGAGAAAUGAUGAAAAGCAGUACAACCUAUUUUGCACAUUAGGGUUUAGAAUCAUAGAGGGAAUAACUCCACUGUCAACACAAGAAUUAUUUGUGUUUGUGAAGGUGUUGGACAACAACAAACCAAAGAUCAUUGAGUAUAUCGAAAGUUACCCUGGUGUUUUGGACUUGGAUGUCAAAAUUGAGUAUUUGUCUGUUUUGCACUCGUUGAAACAAAACCAGAAGCUAUUUGAUUUUACCGCCAGAUUAUUAUUUGAUCAAGAGUUCAACGAUUUCGAUACUUGGAAACUAUACAUAGAGUCUGGGUUUGAACUAGGAAAGCCAUUCGAACAAUUGGAAGAUUCCAUAAAAGCCUAUAAAUGGUCCAGAAAUUCCCAAUUGGCUUUGCUCGAGUUGAGUAAAGUGUAUCACAACUUGGAAAAGUUCAAUCACUAUAACUUGGCAUACUACGACAAGUUCAACACUAAAACAUGCUGCUUUUCUGAUCUAGCAAGUUACAACGUGAAUAACGAAAGUUUAGUCAACGGCAUCAAGGAGGUCAAUAACAAUCUCGAAGACCAGGAAAUCACUACUUCGAAUUUGAAUUUGUUUGUGAAUAACCAGAAGCUUUUGCACCACUUUGGUAUGGUCAGUGAGUCAUUCUAUGAUUUUAACUGGAGAAUCUAUAAACAAUUCCUCCCUUUAUUAAAGGAGAAACUUGACACAGAUUUCUACCUUGCCAACGAGUUAAUUGUCAUGAACGUCAUACACUCGUUAGACACAGACCAGUCUUUUGAAAAUGUAUUGAAAAAUGUGAUUGUAUUGAACUAUCUUGUUUCAAAUGAUCCAUUGGACUACAAGGUAAACUUAUGGCUCAUAAAGUUGUUCAGACUUGUUGGUUUGAUACCAGAAGCUCUUCGAAUAUAUGAGCUUUUGAAAGUAAGAAUGAUGCAACAUGACUCCUUGGGUCAUUUGAUUUUGGAAGAUGUCUCAACUCUAUACCCCAAUAAACUGAUGCUCAAUUAUCUGGUGAAUAUCUACCGGUUUUAUUUGACCUGUCAAGAGGACUUGAACGAGAAUUCUUUGAAGGCUUUUGAUAAUGGAGCCUACAAUAAACUUGAGAACUUCCUCAGCUUUAGCAAGCGGUUUAAAUUCUCGUUUCAAUACUUUGAAUGUGUUUUGGAAACAUUCAAAAUGACCAAAAUACUUGGAGACAAGAAUUAUGAGAAUCACUUCUUCAACAAGUUUUUUGAGAUUGAAGAAACUAUUCAAACUGCUGAGCUAACCGAUAAUAGAGACAACAAAAUCUUCUGGAAAAGCCUUGGCUUCAAAUCGGAAUUUGUUGACCAGUUUGAAUCCAAAUUCACUGCGGUGAAACAAGAUAAACAAGCCCUUUUGAAGUUGAAAUAUUUUAAAGAGUCCUUGAUCCUUCAACCAUCGGAGAUUCGAUUCAAAGCAUUUAAUAAGUUACUUCCAAAUGUUCAAUUGACCAAAUUCGACUCCUGGUUAAUGAAAGUGUACUUGAAUUUGUUCAAGUUAAACAACACCUUGAACAAAUCCGAAUUUGAGUCUACCAUGAACUUCUUGAUCAAGAACUUGAAAAUCACCAAAAUUCCUAUCACUACUGAGUUCCUCUCAAGAGAGCUCAACCAUCAAAUGAGCAGCUUGUUUCAGUUGGUGAGGUACACCCUGAAUUCAAAGAACAAGCAGGUGGUCAACUUGGGAGCUGCUUUAUCGAGACAAAUCGACACUUCCUACAAGCAAAAGCAGAUGGAUGCGUUGAGCUCCUGGAAGAUCCAAUUGGGAGAUUUCGAGUUGGAUAUCACAAAAGAGUUUGUCGAUGAUCAAGUUGAUAAGCUUCAUGAUGCGUUCAUAAAAGCUUCGUAUGUUCAUUUGAGAUAAACACCAUGUAUAUAUACAGAAUAGAAUGCAACAUAUUGGAAUUAUGUAAGGUGUCAUUUCAAACACUAAUGUUGAGUCCCAACAUCAUGGCCAUAUCAUUGAUACGUUGAGUACCUUGACUCAACAAGUAUUUUCUGUAAGCAAGAUCGUGCUUUUCCUUGAUUUUGAACUCAUAUCUCAAAAACUUCAUUAAGUCAUCUCUCUCAUGAUGCUUAUAAAUCAGUCGUACCACCUUCCUAUAGAUUCCCUUAAUCUGCUGACGAAACAAGAACUCUUCAAGGGAAAGCGUAGGCCCUAGAGACUUUAGGGCAACUGGAGAAGGUCUCAUAUACAACUGGAGAUGCCGAAGUAAAUUGCAGGAGCGC